AUGUCACAACAUCAAACUCCAUCUAGUUCAAAAACUACUAAGCCUACUCACAAGGAUAGCACUCCUUCCAUGGACAUUCACGAUGAUGAGAUUUUGGAUGUGGUCCCUCUGUCUGUUAUUCCAGGCGAAGUCCUUGAUUUAAACCAUCCCAUGGAUGCAUCAGCUUAUGCAUUCCCCAAUCAAGGGACUCUCUACCCCCUGUCUAAAAUUUACCCCUCUCCUGAGGUUGAACAUCAUAGUGAGAAGGAUGAUGAUUCCUAUAGAUCUGAGAAGGACAUGGUUGCUGAAGGUUUGUGUUCUCUAGGGCAAACUGUGUCUGGUAAAGGAAAAUUUAUGGCAUCUACAACUGCCAAUGCUUCCCACUCUGAGAAGCAUGAUGCUGCAAACAAUGUGAUUGACCUAGAGGAUGAUAGGUCUGAUGAUGAAGAGGAUAGCUUACUUCAACACUUAAAGCCUAGUGUGGCUAAGCGUAUGAAGACUAGAAAACGAAGAUCUGUGACUGAAAUGAUGUCAACUAAAACUGCUAAGAAGACUGAUGGUGUUGGUCCUUCCAAAUCUUGGAGCAAGGUUAAUGUGAAGAAGAGGAAGGUUAGAGAAGUUUUUGAGUCUGAAGAAUAUGUUGAGGAAGAUGUCCCUGACAUAUCCCCUGUAAAGAGGACCACUGUGAGGAAGUCCCCUGUGAAAUGCUAUGAGGGAUUGGUUAAGGAAUUCAUUUUCAACAUUCCUGAAGAUAUUGCUGAUAAGAACAACAAGGAAUUUUGCAAAGUAUUUGUGAGAGGGGGAGAAGUAGCUAUAGCUAUAAAUGAUGCUACUUCUGCUGCUGAACUGAUACUGUGA